UUUUAUUUAAGCAAAGAAUAGAAUGUUUGUCACAUACAUUUAAAAUUGCCGCCUUUUGAAUAGUAAUGGCGAAAUCGCGUGUUGUUACCAUUUUAGAGUGAUAAAACGUCUACGUAAAAGUGUAAAUAGUGUUUACUAUGGACAGGAUAAUUAAAGGAAUUAUGAAAUAUAGAAAUUGCCACAGGGAAGAAAUGGUGAAACAGUUUAAAAAAGUUCGAGAUCAUCCCGAACCAAAGGCAGUGUUUUUUACCUGCAUGGAUUCACGGAUGAUCCCAACUAGAUUUACGGAAACAAAUGUUGGAGACAUGUUUGUCGUAAGAAAUGCUGGCAACCUUAUUCCUCAUUCUCAGCAUUUUGUGGACGAAUUAACAAUGUGCGAACCGGCGGCUUUGGAACUUGGUUGUGUGAUAAACGACAUAAGGCACAUUAUAGUUUGCGGCCAUAGCGACUGCAAAGCCAUGAAUUUACUAUAUGCUUUGCGUGACGAGGAAUUCGCAUCGAAAGCCAACAGGAGAAUAUCACCGUUAAGAGCAUGGUUGUGUGCACAUGCUAGUAAUAGUUUAGCGAAAUUUCAACAAUUGGAGAUUGCCGGCUUUCGUGAACCAAUACUUUUUCAAGCUGAAACGCCUUUACGAAAGUUUGUGGCCUAUAUUGAUCCUGAAAAUAAAUUUGCUAUAGAGGAUAAAUUAUCUCAAAUAAAUACCCUGCAGCAACUACAAAACAUAGCUUCUUACGGAUUUUUAAAAAAACGGCUCGAGAGGCACGAUUUGCAUAUUCACGCGUUAUGGUUUGAUAUUUAUACCGGCGAUAUUUAUUACUUUAGUAGGGCGAAUAAAAGAUUCAUAGAGAUAAACGAAUCGACCGAGGCGUCUUUACUCGCAGAAAUUAAGAAAUAUUAUUCUUAAAUUGCCUAGUCUUAAAAGAUCUUUUAUGUAGAUAGGAAAUGAUUGGUUGAGACUGAAUAACCUGAUAAAUCGUUGAAUCUUUCAAGAACGUUCAAACGUAGAAUGCGAGUUGGAUACUCAUUCAAUUGAAGACCAUGUAAUGUACCUGAAUGUGAAAGUAGUGAAUUCUCUAUCCUCGUUUUUAUUAAGAUUCAUAUUACAAACUUGUUUGCACAAAAUAGACCGCUCUGACAAUAUUAGAGGAAUUUAUAAGAAUAUUUAAUAUAGAUAUAUUUCUAAUAAUAUGCAAUAUAAAGACAUGUUAUUAAUGUACAGGGGGAUCUUUUACAUAGCAUGUGUUCGUUAAUAUGUAAGGCGCAGAGAAAUUAUUU